AUGCGGUCGCUCGGCCGGCUGAGGCUGGUAUGGGCUCUUCUCGGGGCGUGGCUGGCCGCCGGGCCGCUGGCUGGCCGGGCGGCCCCGCCACCGGGGGCACCCCUCCGGGCAUGGGACCGUGAGACCCCCCUGCCGGAGGCGGCGCCCAUCUACUUCCACCAAACGCUCCUGCCUCUGUCGCAGUGGGCCGACCAGCCGGGGCACAUGUUCGGCAAGUUCUUCUCCACCGAGCUCCCCAUGUCGGGGGUCUUCUCCAGCACCGCCCAUGGCCGGCUGUAUGCCAUGCAGGAUGUGGCAGCCAGCCCGAAUGCCGACAUGCGCAUCGGCAGCCUCGUGUCGGCCGAGCCCCAUAGCACCGUCGGCAUGGCGAGCCUUGUCGCUGGGCCCGGCGCCGUGGCUCUUGUGGUCCCCACGCCGCAGGGGCCCGCCCUGGCCUCGUACGUCCCGGAAACCGGGGUCUUCAACUUCGCCACCGGCCCCACCAAGAUGGAGUUCGACUUCGGCGUCCCGAUCCGGGUGCUGGCAGCCACGGCCCGAAGCCCGACGCUGCUCAUGGUGCUCAUGUACUUCCCCGACAGCCGGGAGGUGCUUCUCACCCGCUGGGAGCCGGCCGACAUGGAUUCACACACCCUGGUGGCCCUUGCUCCGGGGGAUGCCGCCCCGGUCGGGGCCACCGCCGGCCCGGAUGGAAGCUUCCUCUUCUGGAGUCCCAACCACCUGGCCGGGGCCUUCCUCCAAUGGGACCAGCCCCUGAGGGAUGUAAGCAUCCUCCAGCAAGGGCCGCUGGACCGCAUCCGCCAUGUGGCCCUCCUGCACCUGACCGCGGCUGCCCCCUCGCUGGACAUGGCCUUACUCUUUGAAAACGGCCGCCUGGACCUCUGCUAUGAUGUCACCACCGGCAUCUGCAGCCCCCACAGGUAUGUUCUCCUCCCGGGCGGAGGUGUUUCCGCGGCGGCCACCAUCCUCGGGCCGCCGGCCGGCCAGCUGCCCAGCAAGACUCCCCACCAUUGGCUGGCCGUGCAUGACCCCUCCCAGGAGGCUCUCUGGCGGCUGGACGUCCUGCCCUCCGGCCAGCCGGUGUCCUGGAAGCGCAUGGUCCUCCCCGGGACGGUGGCCAGCCAAACCGGCCUCCUGCUGCGCGAGGUGAAACUCGGCUCGCAUGGCCUCCAGUGGCUGGUGCUCGCCGGGGCCCAUGGCUACAUGCAGUCGCCGCACUUUGGCUGCGACUCCGAUGUGACCGUCACCUGCAACAGCGGCCAGGGGCCGCCUGCGCCCGGUGAUCGGGGAUUUGCCUGCGCCACCGGUCGGGCCCUUUCGCCCUUCAUCGCCCCGGGGCUCCUGUGUGCCGGCUGCCAAAGUGGAAAUGAGGCUCCCACCGGCUGGAGCUCCCCCGCCAUCUGCUCGGGCUGCCCGCCCGGCUGUGAGACCUGCCACGGCGGCCGGUGCCUGCUCUGCGUGGGCGACCGCCUUCUCCUGGAGGACAACUUCGAAAGCGACACGACGCAAUGCCUGGACCAGUGUUCGCCCGGGUUCCAGGUCGCCGCCGGCAGCCGGCGCUGCGUCCCGCAACAGCCUGGCCACUUCCGGAAUCUGCAUCUCCAGCCGAUGACCCUGCCCUUUGACACGGGCGCGGAGCUGCGGUUCCUGGCCCGGAGCUGGCUUCGCCUGGACCUGCUUACGGGCCACCUGCUGGUGCUUUCGCGCGACAGCAAGGUGAUGGUGGAGGACAACCUCCUCGGCUUCCUGUCCACCCGGUCGGCCGCCUGGCUGGCCGGGGACUAUGUCCUGCAGCAGGGCGUCCAUCCGAUCGACGGGGCCCUCAUGCCGGCGGACCUGUUCGGAGCCGAGCCGGUGGUGGCAUACGCCGAGCUGAUGCUCUACUCGGAGGUCCUCAGCCAGUCGUACCUGCAGAUGUUCAUGUGCCAGGCAUCCGGCCGGCUGGUGACUCGGCGCGUGCUCUGUCUCCUGCCCCUGCCACCCGCCGGGGACUCCUGCCAAGCGGACCCCCAGCUCGUCGAGGUGCUGCCCAUCCCGGGCGACGCUCGCUGCCACACCCUCCGCGGGCUGGACCACCAGUCGGUCACGGUCGGCACGCCGGCCGGCGUCUUCCUGGCCACGGUGGAUGCCGGCCAGAGGGUGCAUGUGCUGCCGCUGCCGGGGUCGCACGGCCACCCGGCCCUGGUGCAGACCUCCCCCCUGGACCAGCUGGCCCCGUGGCUGGUCCGGGCCCUGGCCCGGGACCCGGACCAGGGCGGCGCCUGGGCCACGACCGCGCCGCUGGCCCUCUUCAAGGCGGCCGACCCGCGGGCCAUCACCCCCCUGGCCAUGGGCCUGACUCGGGACCCGGUGCCCGGCAUCCCCUCCAAUGCCGUUCCCCUGGCCCUGCCAACCCGGCGCACCUCGCGCCUGAGCGAGGUGUUCCUGUCCUUCCUGGCCGAGUCGCCGCGCGACACAUCGGCCCCGGCCAGCUGGCACGCCCUGCACCUGCCCAUGGGGUGGGUGCCCCACCAGCGGACCACCGAUGUGCCGGGGCAUCUGGAAGUGCUGGGCCUCCUGCCGGGCGCCCUCCCGGCCCAUACGCCGCACCGCAUCCUGGCCGUGCCGCUCGAGCACGCAAGCACCCCCGGCGCGCUGAUCCUCCUGACUGCCCGGCACAUGGGCAUCGCCCUGCUGGAGUGCCGGUCCCCCAGCCCCUCCGGGCUGUGCUGGCUCCUGCCGGCCCGCUUUUUCGACAUCCCCUCGCCCGGGCUCCAGCACCUGGACCAGCUGAACCUGCUGCCCAUGCCGUCGCUGACCCUGAACCAUGCCACGCAGUCGCACUUCCUGCUGACCCUGCACCAGCAGCGGCAUGUGCACGCGCUGUCGGUCGAAGUGCCCACCUGCGCGGUGGGCACCCUGCUGCCAGACUGCGCCCCCUGCCACCCGGCCUGCCUGGAGUGCAAUCGCCCCGGGCCGGAGGGCUGCACCAUGUGCCGGACGGCCAUGGCCACCAGCCCGGCCCUCUGCCUGGAGCAUUGCCCGGAGCGGUACUGGCCCAAUCGCAUGAAGCUCUGCCUGCCCUGCUCGGCCGGAUGCAAAACCUGCUCCACCGAGUCCUACUGCUCGGCCUGCCUGCCGGGGCACUUCCUCCAAAGUGACCGGUGCUUUGUGUGCGACGCCUCCUGCGCCAGCUGCCAGGGGCCGGCCGCCUGCCAGACAUGCCGCCCGGGGCUGGUGUUCUUGAGCGCCGACCAGCUGCAGGCGUCCCUUUGUGGCAGCACAUGCGCCCCGGGGGAGUACCGCGGCAGCGAGAGGUGCCUCGCCUGCGAUGAGAGCUGCGCCCUCUGCGCCGGCAGCUCGACCCAGUGCCAAGUAUGCACCCAGGGGUAUGUGUGGACGGCGGGGCGGCCGCCGGCGCCCGGGGCCACCGGCGCAUGCUCCCAGUGCCCGGCCGGCUGUGCGUCCUGCACGGCCGACCGGUGCCUGGCCUGCGAGCAGGGGCUCUUCAUCGACCGCCAUGGCAGCUGCCUGGCCACCUGCCCUGCCGGGACGUACCCGGACCAGGAGUCCUGCCAGCCGUGCGAUGUCAGCUGCGCCGCCUGCGUCGGCGGCGGUGCGGACCAGUGCACGGCCUGUGCCGCUGGGCUGGAGCUGCUCGAGGCGGUCCCCCUGCAGGGGGCCUGCGUGUCGGGCUGCCUCGAAGGGCAGUACCGGGACCGUGUCUCCGGCGACUGCUUGCCGUGCGACGCGGCGUGCGCCACAUGCAACGGCCCCUCGGACCGGGACUGCUGGCGCUGUGUCAGCGGUGUGCUGCAGGACGGCGACUGCAUGCAGCACUGCGCCGCGAAGCACAUCGCCCUGGCCGGGCGGUGCCUGCCCUGCCAUGUGUCGUGCGACCGUUGCGCCGGGACCCGGAGCACCGAGUGCCUGCCGGCCUGCCCGGGUGAUCUGCUGGCCCUGCCGGCCGGGGCGUCGCCCAUGCGCUGCGUGCCGGCCUGCCCGGUGGGGUACAAUGCCUCGGGCGCCGGGUGCAGCCCCUGCGGGGAGCACUGCGCCAGCUGCCCGGAGUCGACCGCCACCUGCGCCCUGUGCGAGCGGGGCUGGCUGCUGGCCAGCCCGGCCUGCGUGGCCCAGUGCCCGGCCGGGUCCUCGGCCCUGGGCGGCCUGUGCGCCACCUGCCACGCCUCUUGCGCCACCUGCUUCGGCCCGGGGGCCGACCAAUGUGCCACCUGCGGCCCGGCCGCGCCCUUCAUGGUGGGCAGCCGGUGCCACGCCGCCUGCCCGGACGGCACCUUCCAGGAUGCCGACUCCUGUCUCUCGUGCAGCGGCACCUGCGCCGGGUGCACCGGGCCCGGCGCCAACGAGUGCACCCUAUGCCCACCGGGCCAAUGGCUCUCGCCGGAGGGAAACUGCGUGCCGAGCUGCCCGCCGAAACACUUCGCUCUGGAUACCGGGGCCGGCGUCCGGGUCUGCGCCCCGUGCCAUGCCACCUGCGCCGAGUGCACCGGGCCCGAGGCCGACCAGUGCGCGGCCUGCGCCCCGGGCGGCCUGCUCAGCGGCAGCACCUGUGUGGACACCUGCCCGCCGGGGGCCUUCGAAUGCAGCGCCACCCGAGCAUGCCAGCCCUGCCCAUCGGGCUGCACCGCCUGCCACGCGGUGGGCAGCUGCCUGGCCGAGUGCACCGCCUGUGCGGGGGGCCUGGUCCUGUCGGGCGGCGCGUGCGUGGUCCGGUGCCCGGAUGGCCAGUUCGCGCCGGGGGGCAUGUCCACCUGCUUCCCCUGCUCCGGCGAGUGCCGGACGUGCAGCGGGCUCGAGGACUUCUGCACCGGCUGCCCCGGGGGGCUUCUGCACCUUGAGGCGGGCGCGUGCCGGUCCUCCUGCCCUGUGCGCUUCACGGUGGACCUCGCGGGCGGGGUGUGCCUCCCGUGCCCGAAUGGCUGCGAGAGCUGCGCCCCCCCGGCCGGGCAUGGCGGCUGCACGGCCGGCCCGGAUGGGCGCCUCAUCUGCCAGGAGGUGUCCUCCUGCGACCGGUGCGCGGCGGGGCUCUUCCUGCUCGAGGGGGCGGCCUGCGUGUCGGCCUGCCCCGCGAGGUACUUCGCCCGGCAGGAUGCGGCCCCCUGGACGUGCGGCGCCUGCCAUGGCAGCUGCCCCGAGUGCACCGGGCCCGAGCGCCGGGACUGUGUCUCCUCCGGCGGGCCGGCGAACCGUCGCUUGCUGGCUCUGGGUCUGGGCAUCGGCUUGGGCCUGUUGGUCCUGCUGCUGCUUCUGAUCGCCCUGCUGGUGUUGCUGCGGCGGUACCGCCGGGCGGCCAAGCCCGGCGCCAAGGCCGACCCGGAUGACGAGGACGCCACCGUGAUGAACACCAUGCUGGAGCUGUCGCUCCCGGGCAGCAUCCUGGUGAGCAUCACGAAUGACUUCGCCCCGCUGAACGAGGAUGCGCUGGGCGCCGGGACCCAGGCGUCGGUCUUUGCGGCGCGCGCCGUCGGGGCCGGCAUCUCCGACCGGCUGGGCUGCCCGGGCACCGUGGCCAUCAAGCAGCUGAAGGCCGCGCGCAUGACCCCCACGCAGGUGACCCUCUUCCAGAACGAGGUGGCGCUGAUGUGGCUGCUGCGCGACGCGCCGAACGUCGUCCGGCUGUACGGCUACAGCGACCAGCCGCCGGCCAUCGUCAUGGAGCGCUUCGACACGGACCUGCAGACACUCCUGCACUCGGACGUCCCCCUGGACCAGGGCACCGUCCUGGACAUCUGCCAGCAGUGGGCCUCCGGGCUGGAGGCCAUGCACGCGCAGGGGAUCGCCCACCGGGACCUGAAGCCGGGCAACGUGUUUGCCAGCCAGCGCCCGGAUGGCGGCUGGCGCGCGGCCCUCGGCGACCUGGGCACCUCGCGCAACCUCAACACCGACCGGUCGUCCACCCUGGUGAACCAGGCGCCGGAGCUGAAUGCCAUGACGGCGCGGUACGCGGCGCCCGAGGUGCUGGCCGCCUUCCAGCGCCGGCGCCCGCUCGAGGCGGAGCUCCUCCUCCCGGCGGACAUCUACUCCGCGGCCAUCAUGCUGUGGGAGUGCCUGGCCCGGGCCGUUCCUUGGCAGGGAUCCUCCUUCGAGGAGAUCACCUCGGCGGUUGUGGCCGGCGAGCGCCCGCCCGCUGUCGCGGCCUCCGCCGCCCUGGCGGACCUGCUGCAGCUGGCGUGGGAUGCAAACCCGCAUGUCCGGCCGCUGGCCGCCUCCCUGCGGCAGAAGUGCGCCAUGGUGGCCAUCUGCCCGGGGACGGCCGGACCAAGCCCAUGA